AUGGCUGAAUGGACAGCAAGACCCACGGCUAUGACCUCAAGACCUCCUAAUCCAAGUGGCGUCCGGGAUGACAGCUCAUCGGCUAGUUUGUCCCAUGAACAGAUCAUGGAGGAGGUGAAGAAGCAGGUUCAAUUAGCCAUGACUGGCAGGGACAUGGAAGUCAAGGAUCUACGGAGCGAGAAUCAAGAGCUGAAGCAAGCCUUGGAAGCAGUGGCCAAGGGGCGCAACCUCAGGGAGGUCAUGGGGGGCAUCCAGGCAACGAACCUGGAAGCCAACUUCUUGGCAGAGGUCAAGGCCCCAAGGAACCACAAGAGGCACCUCCUGUUUUUCGAGGCAGCUUUGGGGUAUCUGAGGGCAAUCUUCCUGCGCAAGAUCGGGCUGAUGAUGCAGCCAGUUUGGCGGGUGGACUUUCAGAUCGCUUGUUUGGUCAAGGAGGCAAUCCUUUUAGAGCGGAGCCCAGUGGACCAGCCUUGGCGCCGCAAUUUGGACCUCUGGAAGAUCGACGAGCGCGAGAGGCAGUUGCAGCAGGUGUAUAUGGACAAGAAGGGUGGUGUGGAUCAUGAAACACUCAAGAGCACAGAGCUGCCAGCUUUGCCAGAGUUGAGUGGGGAGACGGGUGUUGAGUUCAGUGAUUGGCUUUAUGUGGCAGAGCAAACCAUUGGAGCUAUGUCGGACUCUGCAUCUUCGUGGUACGAGAAGACUCUGGCGUGUGUUCGUGAAGCCUAUGCACGGUACCAGGUGGCGUCGCCUUUGGAGCGGCUCACCAUAGGGCCAAGGCCGGCCCCUGAGCUGCUGGAACCUAAGUGGGUUCGCCUGGACCGCAAGGUCAUGACGUUGAUUCUUGCAGCAAUGCCAAAGAUGGUGCGGGAAGAUGCUGUGGCUCAUAGAGUAUCUUCGGUGGCAGCUGUGCUGUUUCGGCUGCACAUCUUGUACUCUCCAGGUGGCAUUGCAGAACGCACCGCGGUGUUGAAACAUCUGGAAGGACAGUCUGCUGGAGAUCAAGUUGUGGAUGCUAUAGCGGCGCUAAGGAAAUGGAAAAGACACCUCACCCGCUCGCAGGAAAUGCAUCUCUCGGUGCCCGACGGGAGCAUCCUUUUGCGUGGGCUGGAGGUCACAGUUGCCGCUUGUGUGCAGAAGCAUCCAGAGAUGAGUUUCAGACUUUCUUUAGCCAGAAACGAGUUGCAGCUGCAGAACAGGCCGACUCAGGAGUCGGUGAUGAAGUUUUACGACCACCUGAUGGCGGAGCUGCAGCAGGCACUUCCUGCUAAGUGGUCGUUGAAGAGCUUCUACGACUACGAGUCCCACAACGUCACCCACGAGGGAAGGCGCCAGGAAGCCCCGAGACAGCACAGCUUCUUCGUCCUCUACUACAACCUCGAGACCAACCCCUACUGUGGCAGCGGUACAACAGGUGGAACCGAAGGCAACCACUCCGGCAACCUCGAUGCAGGAGUUGUGAUUGCAGAGCCUGUGCAAGCCGUCCCAGAAGGAGGAGUUCAAGGCCCAGAGAUCCAAGCGUUUAUGAAGGAGGUCAACACUAUGCUACAGCGGUUGACCAGACUCAACCGGAUGGAGUUGGUGGAUGCCCUGGAGCCGGACAUGAAGAGGGUGGAAGCGUCUAUGGCUAGCUUCGGCAAUGCCCAAGAUGGAGUAGCAUUGUUGGACUCUGGAGCGACACAUCCGUUCAAGCCUUUGGUGGAACGGGACCUCGCCGACAUUGUUCAGGUCCAGUUGGCGGACGGACAAAAGGUGGAUCUACAGCAAAACAGGGCGGGUACAUUGAUGCCUGUCAAGGACUCCCAUCUGGACCGCGCCAACUCUGUGACGACGAUUGUGCCUCUGGGCACAUUGGUCCAGGAGCUGGGCUGCACAGUGGCAUGGGACAAGCGAGGUCUACGUGUUCGGCAUCCAGAGCAUGGCGAGUUGACCACUCACGUGGUGGGCUCGUGCCCCUUCAUAGGGGAGGCACGCGCACUCCAGCUGAUAGAAGAGAUUGAAGCCAGGAAGCUGGAGCAACUGAAGGUGAACACGGUUGAGACUCAGCUCAGGGUUCUUGGCUUGGAGACAGAGGCGUCGUUCGAGACAAGUUUGUUGGAGUAUCGAAGAACCGGCAACCGAACAGAAGGCUUGAAGGCGUUGAUGGCGUCGGAUUCGACCUUCUACCACCUUACAGAGUCGCAGCGGUGUGCUUUGGCUCAGGACAUUGACCUCAGUGAUGAAGCGGGAGUUCGCUAUUUGAAGCAAUUGCCGAUAAAGAGGUCGAUGAGGAAGCAUUUGUUGACUUCAAGCUGGAUUGUCAAUCUUUUCUCGGGCGAAGGGCAACAUUCAGACUUAAAGGCCUUGGAGGAGAAUGGUUUGGUGUUGCUUGAGAUGGACCUGAAGAAGAGUCGUGCCUUCAAUUUGAAGGGCCCCACCCCAGCCCACCGAGCACUUUUGUGGGCGGCAAUGAGGGGUCAGAUCGAAGGUUUGCUUGGAAGUCCACCGCGUGGAGAAGGAGAAGGAGAAUUGGUGCUGAAGCAGUUCUUUCUCUGGUGGGUCAGCAAAAUGGCGGCCGAGGAGGUUGAAGCCCGAAUCCCCUACUUUGCCAUGACCAUGCCUGUGAACAGCGCGCUGUGGCUUUCACCUAUGUGGAAGCAGAUGAAGGGCCUGCAAGCGAAGCUUCGAUGGACCUCCUCAGGAAUGACGAGAUGUGUGACGAACUUGGCUACCACUUGGCCUGAGGAGGACUGGGAGGUCAAGGGUCUAAAGGGACAACUUCGAUGGACUGUGGGCUUUCGUCAAGGCUUGGUUCAAGGGAUCAAGCGCUGGCGCAACACGUUGGCGCUAUGCCGCAUGGAUGGGCCUCUCUCUCAGAUGACAAAAGAAGAGUUGAACAAAUGGACACAGCAUGUUCGUCAAGGCCACCAACCGUACAACAAGCGGUGUCAAACAUGUAUCUCGUCGAAGGCAACCGGCCACGCACAUCGACGAGUGCAUGCACCUUCGUGUUUUACGUUAUCGGUGGAUGUUUGUGGCCCUUUCAGAGUUAAGGGUCAGACACCCAGUGCCUUGGAUCAUCGAUACAUGCUGGUGGGUUCGUACACUAUGCCUGUCUUGAAGCGAGAAGUAUGCGAACCUGGAGAUGUUAUAGUGAAUGAACCUGAAGGUGGUGUAGGAGAGAUAGAGAUUGGUCCCCGUGAAGUUGGUACAGAACCAGCAGAUGAUCCAGGUCCCAGUGGUCCCAUUGAAGUUGGUACAGAACCAGCAGAUGAUCCAGGUCCCGUACAUGGCGAUGCAGCUUUGGCUUCAGACUUGGAAGGGGUCUUUGAGGUUGAAGGUGAGGACCCCACUCCCGUUGUUGGAGCACAGGACCAGGAGGAGAUGGACCGUUUGAACGCCCAGUACAAUGAGCUCGUCAAGGAGGUGGGAGACCGAUUGGACUAUCAAGUGCUCAGAUAUGCAGUUCCAAUGCGUUCGAGAAGGGCGUCUGAGGUGAAUGCAAGAGUGAGGCAAAUGUACUUGCAGGUGAAGGCCGACGGCUUAGAGGUGUUCCGUUUACAUUCAGAUAGGGCUACUGAGCUUUGCAAUCGUCGACUUCGUGAGUGGCUACUGGAGCGAGGGGUUUUGGCUACAACAGGCGAGGCGCAAACACCCCAGCAAAAUGGGCGAGCAGAGGCCACCGUGAAGUUUGUGAAGUUGGAAGCCAAACGCCUUAUGACCUCAGCGGGUUUGCCCAAACAGACGUGGCCACUAGCAAUGAUGUAUGCGGCAGCAAAGCAACGACACCGGGUUCUUGGAAGAACAGACGACAUGCCUUGCUUCGGAACUCCGGUCCAUGUGCGUACCAAGGUGUAUGGGCAAGCGGGGCGCUAUGACUUGGAGAACAAGUGGUCUCAAGGGAUCUAUGUCGGGCCGUCCUCAGAAGUCCAACACGCACAUGUGGUGCGGUUCCCUGAUAGUACUUUCGUGACAAGUCUACACUUGAAACAGAACCUGGUGGACGCAGACAGCUUGAUAGACUUGGUGCCAAGGGAGAUUGAGAUUGCAUUACCGGAGCAAGUGGAGUGUGUGGCCAAGAACUUCAUUGCCAAGGAGAAGUGGGCGGUGGAAGAUGUCUUGGAGCUGUACAGCCGUCUCAAGGCCAUCAAGUCCGGGCCAGCGAGUGGGAGAUCAGCUUUGUCAAAGGGAAAGGCCUGGUUUACUGGGAUGUUUGUCCAUGGUGGUGUUGCAGGGUUGCGAAGUGCUACUACGAGGUUGAAAUGGACUACUCGAUACUUGGUGCAGGCAGCCAAAAAGAUCACGGGCCAUCCCGACUUCACUGCUUUAGGUAUCUUGGAAGACAUGUCCAUUGGAUGCCACAAGGAUUCCCACAACGAGGUUGGCAGCGAGAAUGUGGUUGUGCUGCUGAAGGCCCCGGGUUGUGGAGGAGAUCUUUGGUUGGAGCAUGACGAUUUGGACGACAAGUACGCCGAUUGGAGAAAGGUAUCAAAGAAGCUGUGGAAGAAGGGGUUCACGCACAAGUUGGAAGUGGGUCAGCCUUUCAAGUUCCAACCUCGAAGAUGGCAUGAAGUUCAAGAAUGGAGUGGUGCCCGAGUGGUGAUGGUUCUUUACACACCACGCCUUAGCAAGCUUCACUACCAAGAUCGGGAUGCGUUGGAAUUUGUUGGAUUCCAGAGCGAGUUCUUCGACGUGAUCCACAACAACGAAGCUCAGACCGGUGACCACGUGAUCCACAACAACGAAGAGCAACUCAAGGACUACUUCGAGCAGGGCAAAAGGCCACCGGGGGAUCAAUGCGAAUUACACCUGGUGAGAAAGCUUUCAAGUCCUGAAGAUGAGACCUUAGAGGACGCCGUUGUGACGCUGACUGAAAGCCAAGACCAACUACUUGAAGACCUGCAAGAAAGAUCGGAGCGACUCAGGUUCAUGCUUGAGGAGGAGGAGAUCUUAGCAGAGGAAUGUCGGCGAGCAGGGCAACAGGUGGAGGAUGAGGUCGACCAUGUUAGAGCCUAUCUUGAGGACAUGAUGGAUGAUGUGACACGUCUCAAAGCGGCUGGAGCAAAGGCUACUAACGAGGCGUGUUUGAGGGCGAUAUCUUUCCAGGAGGAGCCAGACUAUGAGAAGUUGCUUCAAGAGCUGGACGGUGACCUGGAAGUGGUUCAUACGGUUCCUCUGCAACAAGUCCGUGCCGCAUUGGAUUUGUGGAUGGAAGCUUUGAAAAAAGAAGUAAAGCAACUCCUGGAUGGAACGCUGAAGCCGAUGCCGAUAUCCAAGGCCCGUGAGCUGGAGAAAAGAGGACUCUUGAAACUGGUGCCCUCGAAAGGGGUCUACACCCUUAAACCGCCUCAGGUGAAGGGCAACAAAGUCCGCCGCAAGUUUCGCCUAGUGCUAUGUGGAAAUCACGUUGGGCGUGACGACGACACUUUCAGCCUUUAUGCCAGCGGCGUAAGUGCGGAUACGGUGCGACUAGCGUUGGCCUACGCUUCCCAUCGGAAGUGGUAUGGGGGCACGUCAGAUGUGACAGGGGCCUUUUUGCUGGCACAAUGGCCGGACCACUUAGCCCGUUACGGGAUCUUCCCGCCUCGAAUUCUUAUCGAGGCGGGCCUGGCAGACCCCAAUGAAAUUUGGGAAGUCAUGCGGCCCCUCUACGGUCUGCGGGAAUCACCCGCGAUUUGGGCGAAGUGUCGCACGGAUCGGCUCAAGGAGGCAAAGAUCAGCUACAAAGGCCGUACCAUUGUGUUGAAGCAGUCUACAGCGGAUCCUGAAAUUUGGCUGGCUUAUGAUGAGAAAGAUGUUGUGAAGUCACAAGGCAGUUUGUUGGCCUUGAUCAUAACCUAUGUGGACGAUCUGUUUUACCUGUCCGACAAGCCCAUCAUCGAAGCCAUUCAUUCGUGGGUGCAGGAGGCUUGGCCCUGCAGCGAGUUGGAAUGGGCAGAUGGGUGUGGUGGAACUCGUUAUUUGGGUAUGGAAAUCCAGCAGCAGCCCGACUUCACUUUCGAGCUUUCUCAAGAAGGCUAUAUACGAGAGCUACUACGCAGCUAUGGAAUGGAAGAGGCUCUCAGCACAAGGCUGCCAUGCCCCAAGGAAUGGUUGGCAGAUGGCGAGGACUCGGAGGAGGAGAACUUUUCUAUGGAGGAGCUUAAGCUGGGUCAGAAAGCAGUAGGAGAACAACUUUGGUUGAUGAUGCGGUGUCGGCCAGACUUGCAGUUCCCAGUUGCGUAUAUGGCUUCGAAGGUCAGCAAGAAACCAAACAAGGUGGUACAAAUCGCGAAGCGCCUCCUGGCCUAUUUGAAAACUACUGUCAUGAUGAAGAUGGUUAUUGGAGGCGAAAGCACAACCAGCGAUCCACCAAGCAGCAGCGAGCCCCAGCAGAUCACAACUUCAAGCAACCCAAAUCACCACUACAGUGAGCAUGACAUCAACAACAUUCCAAGUUUGGUGGGAUGGAGCGAUGCUAGUUUCUCCCCGAGCGGGGAAAAGUCGUUUGGAGCUUCAGUGAUAACUGUCAAUGGUUACCCGGUGGCUUGGAAGGUUCCAAGAAAGUUGUUGGUGGACAACGCGUCGGCAGUGGCAAUGAUAACUGGAGGUCCAGGAAGUUGGAGGACCAGACACCUCAAGGUCAGAAGUGCGAAGAUCAGAGAGCAAGUCGAAUCUGCAGCGUUGACUGUGGAACAUGUGGGUGGAGAUGGCCAACUGGCAGAUCUGGCAACAAAAAUGCACGGAAAGAUCCGUCUGUGGGAGCUUUUGGCCCUAUGGAAUUUCCGAGGACUACCUGAAGAAGCUAUGCAAGCUCUGCAGAUGAAAACCUUGUAUCUAACAUGCUUGAUUUGGGCGAUGUUGGUACAACCAUCUACGGCGGCGGAUGCUACAAGUGCUAAGAUACAAGUGGCUGGAAUAGACGAGCUGUUUGUGGUGACGCUGCUUGUAUGUAUUACCGCUGUUGUGAUGUGGGAAGUGGGUAAAGGUGCAAUGGCCUGGGUUUUGAAGGCUUGCAGGGAGUCGCCGAAGCAACGGCGACUAAGAAAAUUGCGCGAGGCAGCGAAGGGUGCAGCUGAGGAGGAGGUAGACAGAGCGGUGCUGGCACGUGCAGACGAUGCAACGCCACCUCCUCCCCCUCACCCUGUAAUGAGAUCUACCAGGUCGCCGGCACGACAAGAGCCUACAUUUACCACUGGUGCGAAUUUUGAGGUGAUGGCACAUGAUGCGUUUUACAAGACAGAUUCAGCUCGAUCAAAGUUGCACACAAAUCCUCAAUGCCACGGACUAAGGAACGCAGGCCAGGUUUACAAGCUGGAGUACGAAGAAUGA